UGAACCGUUUGCACGUAUCAAUGUCGUAUCGCCUCGCUCCAGGAAAGUAGAUCCAUCUCUGUCUCUCUACCUCCGUCGUUCCUCAGGCGAGCUCCGUCUUUGAUCUCCGAUCAGGAAUCUGUCUGCCUGGGGGGGGAAAGAAAUGAAUUUUCUGUUACGGUCUUCUAGUCACCAUGUGGCACCUGAAAAGGUUUCUGCUCACGAGCCUGCAGUGGACGCACAGUAUAUGGCGAGACCUACCAAGACUCUGGAGGGUCUUGUUACUGAAGAUCCGUUCCCCGAGUCUCCAGUGGCUAGAAAUCGACAAGGAGGGCCUGAUGAAGUUGGAGAUGAGAAUGGCAGUGACGUGGGUUCAGCGUCAAAGAAAAGCUCUUGUGUCGUUGAGGGGCAUUCGGAUGUAUCCGAAGAAGAAGGAUGGAUCACUAUUCCACACAAGGAACUUCCAGAUGAGUGGAAUUCUUCACCCAAUAUACAGUCACUGCGCUCCUUGGAUCGAUCAUUUGUCUUUCCUGGUGAACAAGUUCAUAUACUGGCAUGUUUGUCAGCAUCUGAUCAAGAUACAGAAACCAUCACUCCAUUCAAAGUCGCUGCUGUUAUGUGUAAAAAUGGCAUAGGACAAAGCCCUGAGAGACAGAAUGGAAACGUGAAUGACAGAAGUCAUGCGGAAGGAGAAACAAGUGCCGGUGAGCAAGUUACAGGCCAGGAAGGCGAUGACUCGUCACUACAGAAAAGUGAUCCAAAAGUCGAUGUGUCUGCUAGUGAAUCCAUUCUCAGAAUGGAGGAUCACAAAAGACAAACUGAAACAUUGUUGCAAAGAUUCAAGAACUCCCAUUUUUUUGUUAGGAUUGCGGAGUCAGAUGAGCCACUUUGGUCCAAGAAAGCUGGACAAAACCGUGAUUUAGCUGACAUUGAUGGUCAGAGCUCCAUUGGAAAUGGAACUGGAAAGGCCAAAACUCAUCUCAAUGCUCUCAUUGACAAAGGAAAUUUUGAUGCCAAUGUUGCGGGUGGAGCUGCCAGAAACAGUGUUAACUGUUGGUCUCUUUCAAAUGGAGAUAUAGUGGUACUUCUACAAGUUAAUGUUGGUACUCAUAUUCUGAGAGACCCGGUUAUUGAGAUUCUUCAGUUUGAGAAAUACCAGAUGAGAAAUCUGUGUCCAGAGAAGCCUGACGCACAGAAUUUCCCUAAUGCUGAUCCAUAUGGACAACUUUUAACGUGGUUGCUUCCUUUGGACAAUACUCUUCCUCCUCCUCCUCGUAACUUAUCCCCACCCCAAAGAGCUCCUAUUCCAGUUCUUGCUCCCACAUCUCAGAAGCCAGUGUCUUCUGGAUCACAGCUCUUCUCUCAUUUCAGAAGUUACUCUAUGUCAUCACUGCCCCAGAAUAGUAUUCCACCUCCUCAACCAGUUAAAGCCCAAAGUUCUAAACCAAACUUUGACAUUGAUGAGUGGGGAGAGUACUCAUCUCAGAAGUUGAGACAAAAUCGUCAAAAGGAUGGCGAUGGACUUCUCUCUUUCAGGGGCGUGUCAUUAGAGCGAGAAAGAUUUUCAGUACGGUGUGGUCUGGAAGGCAUGUACAUUCCAGGAAAAAGAUGGAGGAGAAAACUUGAAAUCAUUCAACCUGUAGAGAUCCAUUCCUUCGCUGCAGACUGUAAUACAGAUGACUUGCUUUGUGUUCAGAUAAAGAACAUUUCUCCAGCACACUUGCCGGAUAUAGUGGUGUAUAUAGAUGCUAUAACGAUGGUUUUCAACGAGGCUUCCAAGGAUGGCAUGCCUUUGUCGUUGCCGAUAGCAUGCAUUGAAGCUGGAGAUGAUCACUGUUUACCAAAUCUUGCCCUCAGGAGAGGUGAAGAGCAUGCUUUCAUCCUCAAACCAGCAUCAUCAAUGUGGAAAACCCCCAAGGGUCUGGGUGAAAAAACUUCAUUUUCAGCAAAUACACGCCCUUCUCAUACUUCUACUGAACGGAGAAGUAGUUAUUCAGACUCUGACAUAUAUGCUAUUAUGGUAUCUUGUCGCUGCAACUAUACUGAGUCAAGACUGUUUUUCAAGCAGCCAACUAAUUGGCGGCCACGUAUCUCUAGGGAUCUUUUGAUCUCUGUUGCACCUGAACUGUCACACCGGUCUUCUACCAAUGACAGAGUUUCCCAUCUUCCGGUUCAGGUCCUAACCCUCAGAGCCUCCAAUUUGACAGCAGAAGAUCUAACUCUAACAGUUCUUGCUCCAGCCUCGUUCACUGCUCCUCCUUCAGUUGGGUCGUUGAAUUUACCAUCAACUCCCAUGGGUGCAGCAGUUGGUUCUAUGAGAAAACAUGGUAAUAAGGUUGGGAGCAAAACGCACAGCAGGGUGGCUUCUGCACCUCCUGCGCUAGAGCAGCUGAAUGAGGGAGUAGAGCUAUCUGGUUCCCAGUCUUCGGCCAUACCUGAUGUCAUUUCAAGUACUGGUUUCGGUUGCACUCAUCUCUGGCUGCAGAGUAGAGUUCCAUUAGGCUGCGUCCCUGCAAAUUCAACAGCCACAAUCAAGCUUGAGCUACUUCCCCUGACCGAUGGUAUAAUCACACUCGAUACCUUACAAAUAGAUGUCAAGGAAAAAGGUAAUGAGAUUCUAGCAUCUGCAUCUUUGUUCUUGAUAUUCACCAAAAAGGUGUCAUUGCAAUGCUUUCAUUUCUCUUUUGUUCCCUCAGCCUGAUAAAAUCUGCCUGUGCAAUUUCUAGAUUGUUUGCAUCAAUGAGUUAAAAAUCUCCUUGCCCCAUUUCCUUAGGUCCUACCUGAUAUUUCUGGCACAGGGUAUUAUCUUUCUGUUGGUAUGGUUUCUUCGUGGGUCUUCUAUCGCUACUACCCUUGUCAACUUGAACCAAGCAAACAGCGCUGCUUACUGUGUUUUUUUGUCAUAAUAUGUUCUUUCCUGACCAACUAGGUUGAUUUCAUGAGUGCAUCGAGCCCCGAUGGGAAAUUUUUAAUGGAUGUUAGUUGAGGAGUUUAAUGUUUCCUUUAUGAGGAACUUCUCAGUCUCUGAGGUUCUUCCUACGUGCAACUUCUCCUCCAACUUGGAGCUGAAUGGCUGAACUUCUGUUGAUUAACGCGUUCCUUCCAACUUCGCUUCUUUGAAACAGGUCUAACAUACAUUCCUGAGUACUCCCUCAAGAUCAAUGCUACGUCCAGUAUUUCUACUGGCAUUGUUUAGGCAUUUUGGUUCAGUGUGUAAUAUAUGCUUGUCCCAAACUUGAUCCUUCCCUUUCGAAGGAACAUGGACCGUUGCUUGGGCUUUCCGUAGAGCGACACAAAGCAAGGGACAGAGGGAGGGAGGGAUAGUGAGAGAGAGAGAUGGCAACAACUUCAGAUUUCUUCAUCCAUCUCCACUGCACAGGAAGAUCUAUGUUAUUUUGGUUGGUUGGUUGUGUAUCAUAAAUCAGGCGUUUCCAGGAAGAGAUUUUCUUUCUCGUAUACGACGUUACAGGGGAAGUAAAAGAAAAAAAAAAAAAAAAACAGCGGCGAAGUUCAUACUGUAGAUGAUUCAAUUGUGUGAUUGUACUAAUUGGCUAAUUGGAUACCCCCUUCUGAAAUGAGUAGCGCAGAGCAUCCUACCAAGUUUUGCUCAAAAAAGAACUACGAGACUAAUGAAUUUUGAUAGCGAUUUCAGUGUC